AUGACCCUCCGCGUCUUUGGAAAGGCCGUCGUGCAACUCAGAAAAAUCCUCGCCGCACUUUUGGUGAACAAUGGAACCCCGCUCAGCAAGUGCACAAAUUAA